AUGGUCACCGCCAUCUCACCUAGGCCAAAGCGGCACAACCUAGCAUUUAUCGUCAACAGCUCCAUAGACAAGCCUGAUGCAAAGGCUCGGCAGCUCAUCAGAAGCCAUGUCAUGCGCGACAAAAACCGACGCAAACCACCCGCCGAUGCAUCCAAAUUGAAGUCAUGGAUAAAUGAAGAGAGUAGCCAGACAUCUGUUGCCCUUUCCGAUCUUUAUUUUCCUCUCCCUGUGCAUAUAGGCUCUGGUAUGCCGCUGACUCAGCUUGCAUGUGAUAUGCCCCCUUAUGCUUUGGAUCUUGUCUAUAAAUUUUUCACGGUCCUCUUGCAGCAAAUGUACCCCAUUGAGCUGUGUCUGUCAUUUGACCUCCAGCACUCGGUAUGGAUCCAAUACCUCGCUCUCGAUCCCUUAUACUGUCACUCCCUGCUAUGGACAACCCAGACAUAUUUUGACUGGCUGAACGGCUCGGGAGUCUCGCCAAUUCAAAUACAACAUGCGCAUCAGACGCUGGUAGGGUUACGGGAACGCUUGACCCUUGAUGCCGAGCUGGCUACUUCGGACGCUACUAUUGUUGUUGUGGUGAGCUUGAUUAUGAUGAAUGCCUUUGUGGGCGAUUACAAGUCUGCGAGGAAGCAUGUGAGGGGCUUGCAUAAGAUGGUCGAGAUGCGGGGGGGCGUCAGGGCGUUUGGGGGGAACACUCAGAUCCAGCUUAAGAUGUGCAGAGCCGAUCUUGCAAUGGCGAUUUUUACAAAUCGCAAGCCACUGUUCUUCUCCGAUGGCAUUUGCUGGGAGCCGUACAUUGCGAAGAACACCUCUCGCAAGACUCUCCCCCCGCACAUGGCGGCAUUGGAUAGCAAUCUCCUACACAUCUGGGCUGAUCUGCGAGAGUUCACCAGGUCCGCGAACCUAGCGUUUCAGACUGGGCAAAAGAUAGACUGUGUUCUUUUCCAGGAGAUCCUGGUCUCGGUUCAGUACCGGCUGCUGCUUCUCGAUGUGAGCGCUGGUUCGUUGGAUGAAGUGGUGCUUGUUGGCAUGCUGGCUUUUGCGACAAAUAUCUUCUUGCAGAUGCAGGGGCUCGGAAUGAGAUUUGACAAUUUGUCUGCGCGGCUGAGGGGGUGUGUAUCUGGGCUACAAGGCCUUGGGGAUGAUGCUACGGCAGAGCUCAAGUUGUGGCUCUUGUUCGUUGCGUGGAUGCCUGGCGGCGCAUCCAAACAAAAUUCUUGGAUUGGGGCUGAAUUAAAGAAGACCCUUGGGAUUCUUGCUCUGACAAAAUGGGAAGUCGUCAGAGAUAGAUUGAAGCGGUAUCUGUGGAUUGACGUUCUGCAUGAUAAAGGUGGAAAGGAUGCUUUUAAAAACGCAACUGAAAACUUACUGCAGACAUUACGCAGUUCUGAAAUCGACAUAUAG